GUGCAUUUAAAGAUGCAAGACACUGCUCAUAGCAGUUGUAUUGCAAGAAUCUGUCAUGGUUCACCUAUACUUUUUGCCUCUCCAUUAUUAGAUCUAUUUUCUAUUCCACAAAAGAAAUUUUUCAAUGAAAAAUCCAUUUGAAUUUCCUUCCGUCAGCGGUUCCAUAAGAAUGCAAUUUCGAUCCUCAUUCAAGUGGGAAUUGGUCGUUACUUCCUCAAUCUCUAGGGGUAGAAAUGUCCUGAAUUUUCCCAGGGAAUACACCAGAAAUUGUUUAAUGAACUCUGAUAGGAAGAUCUAUCUUAUUGAUGUUGCAUCUGGAAGAGUUUACAAUUCAAAGAUUUUUACUUCAGGUCAAAAUAAAGAAACCAGAUUUGUUUACUCUUGUUGGAAGAAAUUCGUGACUGACAACAAAUUGAAGUUCAGAGAUAAGGUUAUCUUCAAUGCCACCACUGGUGAUAAUGUUAUCGAAGUCCAGAUCCUGCGUCGUCGUCGUCGUUCACGUUAGUUAAUUUGUUGAUUUUCUUAUGGGUGUAUUGAAUUUAGUGUUAUUUUGUUUUGAUUUAUUUCUUGGGUUCUUGUGGUUGUGUUGUAUCAGAGUUUUUAACUUCUCGUGUUUUUAUUUCUCCUGGACUAUGAAUAGACAAUUGGAAGCAAAAAUUAUUCA